AUGCGGAAAUUACUGCACGUAGCUGCCACUCUCAUCCUCACAGGUCUUCCAACAGCUCUCUCCGGCGGGAAUCACGCUUCUUGCCGCUGCCAACCAGAAGAUCCAUGUUGGCCGUCGCCGCGUAAAUGGAAGCGCUUGAAUGAGUCUGCUGAAGGCAAUCUUGUCGCUGUUCGACCAGUUGGUAGUGUCUGUCAUGACCCAACUUAUGAUCUGGAGGCAUGUGUGAACACAAAGAACAUCUCCCAUAAUUCCUUCUGGAGAGCGGAACAGCCAGGCGCAGUGAAAUUCCCCAAUUGGGAGACUUGGCCCACUCACCAGGAGAGUUGCUAUGUUGACAGCCCGCGCGGUGACACUUGUGACCAAGGCCAGGUGUCUCUGUCCUCCGUUCUCGCUGAAUCACUGUCACACAUCCAAAAAGCUGCCCAUUUUGCAUGA